AUCACUCGCAACAUCGCGAAUGACGGCUCUAUCGGUCGGUGAUAAGGUCGCAUUUGUGAUAACAGGAUCGGUUUUAUUAAAAUCAUUCAGUCGCCAAUCAGAAGGUCAAGCGAGCACAUGUUCCUGUCGUAUAACAAAAACGUGUUGUUAUUAACAUGAAGUGGACGAGACCAGAAACUGUCCCUCUGGGGAGAGUUUGGAGUCGCUUUGAAGGAAAACAGAAAAAUGGCAAGCCCGCAGAAAUGUAUCAGAUAGUAGACAUGAGCGAGUCCGUGAGGAGGCAGUGCCUCGACAUGAUGCAGGAGACAUUCCUCCGAGACGAGCCGCUCUCACUGGCGUUAAAUAUAAAAACAGACGCGGAAUCUGUCACAUCGAUACGUAACAAUUGGGAGGAGAUGCUCUCACAGAACAUCUCCAUCGCUUGUUUCACUGAAGAAGAGGGGCGUACCAAGGAGCUGGUGGGAUUCAACAUACUUAUAGUGAAGACCAAGGAAGACGGUCACGAAGAGUUUGAAAAUGUCAAAGGUGAAAAAUGGGAGAAGCUUCUGAAGACCCUCAUCACGGCCGAGGAGCUGGUGGAUAUUUUCAGUCAUUAUGACGUCGAUACUUACCUGUCCUCGAGCGGACUGACAGUGUCGCCAGCCCACCGAGGACAGAACAUCGGGGCGAGGAUGAUACAAGUCAGAGAGGACAUGUGUAAAGCGUUCGGUAUCAAGGCGGUGUCCACCGUGUUCACGGCCACCUCAUCACAGGUCCUGGCAGCGAAAUGUGGAUACGAGGUCCUCGCCACGCUGCCCUACACCCACAUGCUGCAGUACGGGAUUGACCUGACUAUGAGUGAGACCCCCCUCGCUAAAGUCAUGGGAAAGAAAUACUAUUGAUGCACAUUUUAGUAUAGAAAUGUGACCUUGAAUUAUAUAUAUAUAUAUAUAUAUAUAUAUAUAUAUGAGACACUUUUGUAUCCCAGUUAGAGUGACAGGUCUUUUUAUCUGUCUUCAAAUAAUAUAUUUUUAUAAUGCUUAUGGGAAAUGUAAUUUUAAUUGAAGAAAUGAAACAAAUAAAGUUUUUUACGAAUAAUUUAUUGUUACAGACAAACAUACAAAAAAUAUAUGUGUUCUGCUUUAA